AUGGAACUCAAAUUGUACUAUGUAAAUGGUGAGGAGAGAUUAAUGAGAAUAAGAGAGCUUGGACAUUAGCCUAAAAAGUCCCGUGGUUUUCUCCCUUUCGGGUUUCCACGUAAAAACUGAGCUUGUUCAUACACAUUCAUACAUAUAUUUACUAUAUCGUGUUGGAUUAAACUCAACACUGGCGCCGUAUGUGGGAAUCUGUCCAAAAAGAUUCACGUUGUUCUUCAUUUCAAUUCUAUAAAAAAAAAAUUGAUACGACAUGAACUGGUUUUCAACAAAGAAAAGUGAUUCGGAAGAAAAAAUUCUACAAAAAAUGAUUCUGGGAAAAGAAGAAGAUACAGAUCUGGAUUCUUCACAUCUGGAACAUCCCAACCUUCGCCGGAAACUGCCAGGGCCGCCGGGAAUCGCCAUAACCGUCCAUGCUGCGUCGGCACCAUCAACUGAAGGUCGCUGCUCACUGGACCUCACUGUGGCAGCUCGAAAGUGACUGGUGCCGCCUCAGAUGGUUAUCAUCGUCUCCAGUAAACCAGGAGCGAUGGUUUCCGACACUCUUCGCGGUAUUUACGGUCUUUUGCCUCCGUUACAGGGUCGCCGGUCACCAUUCACGGCUAGCUUAUCCACCUCGCCGCCAACCUAAGCUUCCUUGAUUUCCGACAUUAAUGGUGACUUGGAGUUCUCGAGAGCCAAAUAUCUGACCAGGGCUGAUCCCUCGCCGAAGACAAGCCUCCAUGGCCGCCGUUGAGCUGCCAUGGCUCCAUUGCUGCCGUCAAUCAGGGGCCGAACGAUACUGCCCUUCCUUGGUGGGGUGCUCAUUUGCCUCUCCACAAGAUGCUCCUCACUUGGCUAAGAGCAGGCCACGUACAAAGCCCGAAGUCCAAGAGUGGAAUUAGCAACAAAGACGGGGCACCAAGCAUUAUUUUGGGCGGUCAACGUACGUAGCAGGACAUUAUUUGGAGUGUGUUGGCUCAGUCAACAAUCAGACCAUUAUUUGGACAAGUCUUCCAUAGUUGCUUCCCGGCUAAAGGGCACGACUUCAAAGCUAAGUAUUUUAAUUCCAUCAUACGCUAAUUAAACACUUUAGUAGUUGAAAACUUGAAAUAUUGCUAGUAUAUUAUCCCAUUAUUUAAUAGGGAUUAAAAUGUCCCAGAAUUAAAUAUUGUGAGCGAUGCUCUAAGUGAUAAUUAAUUUCACUGUCAUUUUAAUUAAUGAUGGGUUGUGGUGGGCCCGUUGGCCCGCUCCUGAUCGGCUUUAAUUAGCGGGCGGAGCAUACCGGAAUGGCCUUUGAUAGGAUAACAUCAUUACUAUUACCUGUUAUAUCACUAGCUAUUAUUUAUUAGGGAUAAAAUGUCCCGAAUUAAAUAAUGUGGAGCGAAGCUCUAAUGAUGGUUGGUUCAGCCAACAUUUUAUUGAAUAUUUAAUUUCUUGUGGGCAUGUUGGCCCACUCUCGAUCAGCUUGACUAAGUGAUCCGAGCGUCUCCAGAAAGGCGAUGACCCGACGACGCAUUUUAAUUUGAGGGUUGCGCAUUAGUCCGCAUGGCACUACGUGCCCGAUCGACGAUCAUACCCCAAUGUAAUCUACGCCAUUAGGCGCGAAGUGACUAUUGCCAAACGUGGCCUAUGGGGCCCGGGGGCACCAAAUCACUCAACCUCGUUUUUCCGAGGGCAGUGCGACCAACUUGGGUCUGAGUUUGAAAACUCACAGACCGAUGAAUAUCUCUAUGUGACGUUCGGUGGGCUGCUUAUUGGCCCCGCCGCGAGCUGCUACGUCCAUUAACCCCGCACGAUGAGCCGGGCCGAGGGUCACGAUGACCCAUAGGCCGGUAAUCGUGGAUGUUAAAGAGAAAGCCAUGCAGAUGGUUAUGUGUGCAUAUUUAUUGUCAGGCCGUGCGGCCCGUUACCAUGCUUAUUGCGCAGCUGAAGUCGCUCGACGCGCUCGAGCGAAAGGAUUAAAAGACGAUCGGCCUAAGUCUCAAAGACGUUCAAAGCCAGCUAAAGUGGAGACCAUCACGACUGAGAGCCGAUAGUCGAGCAUCUCCACUCAGAGGUCGAGAGCCUAGAGGAGACCACCACGGUUGAAAACCGUGGGACGAGCAUCUCCACCCCAGAGACCGAUGGCCUAGGAAGAACACCUAGAGGCCGAGGGCCUAGAGGCGAAUGCCAUGACAGAGAACCGUGAGACGAUCACCCGUCAUUCAGAGGCCGAGGGCCUAGAAGAGAUCGUCACGGCCGAGGGCCGUCUGACGCCAUCAUUACAUCAUGACCGGCCCCUCGGCACGGCAUGAUCAUCAUAUUUGAAGACCGGCCUCGUCCCCGCACUGCGCGGAUGAGAACCGUUUCUUGGAUUUCAGGUCGGCCUAUCAUUACCGACAUCAUUACAUCAUGACCGGCCCCUCGGCACGGCAUGGUUAUCUUAUUUGAAGACCGGGCUCAUCCCCGCGAUGCGUGGAUGAGGACCGUUGCUUGAUUUCAGGUCGGCCUCUCAUUGCCGACACCAUUAUAUCACGACCGGCCUCCCGGCUCGGCGUGCUUUCCAUAUUUGAAGACCGGUUUCAUCCCCGCUCCUCGCGGAUGACGGCCGUUGCUUGUUUUCUCAGAUCGGCCUCUCAUUGCCGACACCAUUAUAUCACGACCGGCCUCCCAGCUCGGCGUGCUUUCCAUAUUUGAAGACCGGCCUCAUCCCCGCUCCUCGCGGAUGAGGGCCGUUGCUUGAUUCUUUCAGGUCGGCCCCUCAUUGCCGACACUAUCAUGUUAUGUUCGGCCUCUCGGCACGACAUAUUUAUCUUUUGAAGACCGGUUUCAUCCCCGCGCUGCGUUGGAUGAGAGCCGUUGCUCGGAUACAUCGGCCUGACCGGACACUAUUGCCAUCUCCUCAUCAGGACCGACUGCUCAGCGACAUUAUGAUCAUUGUUUGUCGGCUCCCAAUGCCGACCCUCUUGAGUUUGCGAUCGGGCUCACGACUCCCCUCCAGGAAGGUGACCAUCGCCUUCGCAUGACGACCAGCUAUUCUAUCGCCUCGUCAUUAUAUUCGUUCGCUAUGCCACCACCAUUAUGUGUGACAUCCCGUGAUCCAUGUGAGUUUCUUGGAUACCGAAUGUCUUCUUCGAUGUAGGAAGAUCGGUAGGACCACGGACCAGGGACGGACAAAGAAGAGCUAGGGAAUCUCGUUGUAGAUAAACCUGUUCCUCCUUGCGAGUUUCGCGGAUACCGAACGUCUCUUCGAAGCAAGAGCGCCGGUAGGACCAAAAACCAAGGAUGAACGAAGAAUAUAGAUUGCCUCCCUCAAAAAAAAAAGAAAAGAAAAGAAAAGAUGGGGAGAAGAGGACGUGAGCUCCUAUGUGGAAGGGAAUCUUGCCCGGGCGUGCCAGAUCUUCUCCCACCGCCGAAGACGAACGCCUCUCGAUGUAGAGGUUAGUAGAGACGCGGAGGGGGCUAGACGAACCAAGGGAGCUUUGCCAAGAUAAACCUGUUUAUCCCACAACGACCAUGGAUCGAUGGACGUGGGAUAACAAAGCCGGGAACCCGUGAGGGUAAACCAGUUCGUCCCUGCGAGUUCCUUGGGUACCGAACGUCUUCUUCGAGGCAAGAGACGCCGGUAAGACUAAAAGGACCACGGACGAACAAAAAAAAAGGGGGAAUCUCGAUGUAGAUAAACCUGCUCCUCCUUGCGAGUUUCGAGGAUACCGGACGUCUCUUCGAAGUAAGGACGCCGGUAGGACCAAGAACCAAGGACGAACGAAGACUAAAAGACUCCAAAAAAAAAAAGAUGUCAGAAGAGCACGGAGCAAAGAAUGAUUUUAUCCCUUGGCGCUAUUGGCUGGGAAGUACAAACUGAAAAACAUAUGUAAAGAAUAGUUACAAAACUUAAGUACGAAGAAUGAAGUGGCCGACGACGAUCGGCUAACAUCAGGCUUUCUUUUGCCUUGGACGACGAAUACCAGCUCCCCAGAUCAGACAGAGGGACGACACCCAGGUCCACCCUUCCUCCCAGGAUGAAGUCCUGACAGACGAUCGGCUUCUCAUAAGCCAGCCAAGACGGACCGCGCCUAGAUUUCACGGUUCGGCUCGCCCAUUCCCUCCAGGAUGGCGACGAACGUCUUAUGCAGCACGAUCGGCUUCUCAGCGCCAUCGUGUCUCUUUCACGUUCGGAUCGCCCCAUUCCCUCCAGGAUGGCGACGAACGUCUUAUGCAGUGCGAUCGGCCCCUCACGCCAUUGUACCUAGCUCACGUUCAGCUCGUCCAUCCCUUCCAGGGUGGCGACGAACAUCUUAUGCAUCACGAUCGGCCCCUCAGCGCCAUCGUGUCCAGACUCACGGUUCGGCUCGCCCAUUCCCUUCCAGGAUGGCGACGACCGUCUUAUGCAGUGCGAUCGGCCCCUCGACGCCAUCGUACUUGGCUUCACGGUUCGGCUUGCCCAUUCCCUCCAGGAUGGCGACGACCGUCUUAUGCAGCACGAUCGGCUUUUCAGUGCCAUCGUGUUUCUUUCACGUUCGGAUCGCCCCAUUCCCUUCGAGGAUGGCGACGAACGUCUUAUGCAGUGCGAUCGGCCCCUCAGCGCCAUCGUACUUGGCUUCACGGUCCGGCUCGCCCAUUCCCUCCAGGAUGGCGACGACCGUCUUAUGCAGCACGAUCGGCUUCUCAGCGCCAUCGUGUCUCUUUCACGUUCGGCUCGCCCAUUCCCUUCGAGGAUGGCGACGAACGUCUUAUGUAGUGCGAUCGGCCCCUCAGCGCCAUCGUACUUGGCUUCACGGUUCGGCUCGCCCAUUCCCUCCAGGAUGGCGACGACCGUCUUAUGCAGCACGAUCGGCUUCUCAGCGCCAUCGUGUCUCUUUCACGUUCGGAUCGCCCCAUUCCCUUCCAGGAUGGCGACGAACGUCUUAUGCAGUGCGAUCAGCCCCUCACGCCAUUGUACCUAGCUCACGUUCAGCUCGUCCAUCCCUUCCAGGGUGGCGACGAACGUCUUAUGCAUCACGAUCGGCCCCUCAGCGCCAUCGUGUCCAGAUUCACGGUUCGGCUCGCCCAUUCCCUUCCAGGAUGGCGACGACCGUCUUAUGCAGUGUGAUCGGCCCCUCGGCGCCAUCGUACUUAGCAUCACGGUUUGGCUCCCCCAUUCCCUCCAGGAUGGCGACGACCGUCUUAUGCAGCACGAUCGGCUUCUCAGCGCCAUCGUGUUUCUUUCACGUUCAGAUCGCCCCAUUCCCUUCGAGGAUGGCGACGAACGUCUUAUGCAGUGCGAUCGGCCCCUCAGCGCCAUCGUACUUGGCUUCACGGUUCGGCUCGCCCAUUCCAUCCAGGAUGCCGACGACCGUCUUAUGCAGCACGAUCGGCUUCUCAGCGCCAUCGUGUCUCUUUCACGUUCGGCUCGCCCAUUCCCUUCGAGGAUGGCGACGAACGUCUUAUAUAGUGCGAUCGGCCCCUCGGCGCCAUCGUACUUGGCUUCAUGGUUCGGCUCGCCCAUUCCCUCCAGGAUGGCGACGACCGUCUUAUGCAGCACGAUCGGCUUCUCAGCGCCAUCGUGUCUCUUUCACGUUCGGAUCGCCCCAUUCCCUCCAGGAUGGCGACGAACGUCUUAUGCAGUGCGAUCGGCCCCUCAGCGCCAUCGUACUUGGCUUCACGGUUCGACUCGCCCAUUCCCUCCAGGAUGGCGACGACCGUCUUAUGCAGCACGAUUGGCUUCUCAGCGCCAUCGUGUCUCUUUCACGUUCGGAUCGCCCCAUUCCCUCCAGGAUGGCGACGAACGUCUUAUGCAGUGCGAUCGGCCCCUCAGCGCCAUCGUACUUGGCUUCACGGUUCGGCUCGCCCAUUCCCUCCAGGAUGGCGACGACCGUCUUAUGCAGCACGAUUGGCUUCUCAGCGCCAUCGUGUCUCUUUCACGUUCGGAUCACCCCAUUCCCUCCAGGAUGGCGACGAACAUCUUAUGCAGCACGAUCAGCGCCCCAUCGCCAUCGUGUCUGGCUCACGUUAGGGUCGCCCAUCCCUUCCAGGAUGGCGACGAACGUUUUAUGCAGCACGAUCAGCGCCCCAGCGCCAUCGUGUCUGGCUCACGUUAGGGUCGCCCAUCCCUUUCAGGAUGGCGACGAACGUCUCUUAUGCAGCACGAUCAGCGCCCCAGCGCCAUCGUGUCUGGCUCACGUAGGGUCGCCCAUCCCUUUCAGGACGGCGACAAACGUCUCUUAUGCAACACGAUCAGCGCCCCAGCGCCAUCGUGUCUGGCUCACGUUAGGGUCGCCCAUCCCUUUCAGGAUGGCGACGAACGUCUCUUAUGCAACACGAUCAGCGCCCCAGCGCCAUCGUGUCUUGCUCACGUUAGGGUCGCCCAUCCCUUCCAGGAUGGCGACGGACGUCUCUUAUGCAGCACGAUCAGCGCCCCAGCGCCAUCGUGUCUGGCUCACGUUCGGGUCGCACACUCCUUCCAGGAUGGCGGCGAACGUCUCUUAUGCAGCAUAAUUUGCCUCUCGGCGCUGACAUGCUCGAGUUCUCGUUGAGGGCUACCGCUCCUAUCACAUCUUGCAUUCCCUCUCUCAUACAUUGCACCCAUACAUUACAUGCAUUCAUGCAUCAUACCUCAUACAUUCAUACAUACACAUGUGCAUCAUGUUUUGACAGUACCGCGACGUCGGUUUAUAGAUGCAUGGACCUCUAAGCUUCUCCGUUGGAAAGCUCGAGUCAGAGUCCUUUACUCUCGCCUGAUGCAUUCAGGGGGAGCGUGCCCGUGGAGGAGCACCCUUCGCCCGACCCCGUCGGGAACGGGGGUGCCUCACCGGCAGCUUACGUUCAGGAGUGUGUAUAUCCACUCAUAUAUUAUGAUUAUUCGAAGACACAGGUUCCAGCUAGACCGAGGUAAAGCACAGGCAAGAGUAUAUUUUCUCGAGCAGAUUCACACGCUCACUACUCAAGAAACUGGGGGACUUGUGUUGGGAUAUAUUAUCCCGGCCUAUUACUGUUCAGGAGCCCAAGACAUUAUUCAGUACGGAGCCCGAGCAGCUAGGCCCAUUUUGGCCCAUCCGGCCCACUUUAGCCAUUUGGGCCCACUCCGGCCCAUGCAGCCCAUUAGGGCGGAGAGCAUCCCCUGCCCCUGUUCUCUAUAAAUAUGGGAGUUUCCCUCCAUAUUAGGGCCCUUCCUUAGCUUCUUCUUCCUUCUUUCUCUCUAGCUAGCUAGCUCAAUACUCUAUAAAUGGAGCUCAAAUUGUACUAUGUAAAUGGUGAGGAGAGAUUAAUGAGAAUGAGAGGGCUUGGAUAUUAGCCUAAAAAGUCCCG